AUGGCCAAAAACGAAGAAUCCGUGGAAAAGGAUUCCCAGAUGCUUGAACAAUGCUUAAUUGGACUAGCUGAGUGUGAACAGGAAAUGGAUAAAGCAGAAAUAGAUGCUAGUGUUUACAGAAUUAGGAAAACACAAAGUAUCUAUAAGAAACGUCGUCAGAUACUAACACAGAUUCCUCAAUUCUGGUACAUUGUAUUAGCUGAGAAUGAUGACUUUCCAGACUAUGUCAGUGGUGAUGAUUUGAAAUACAUUGAGUAUAUCACUGACAUUUACGUGCAUUAUAAAGUUGCUGAUACUGAAAGCUCCGAAAACCCUAGAGAUUUUUCAAUUACCGUGGCGUUCAAAGAUGAUGAGAAUGGUGAACCCUUGGUGCCAACCCAAGAGGUAACUAAACAUUUUCAUUCAUUUAUUGAAGAUGGGGAAGAGAAGCUCCGCUCGUCGCCAGUAGCUGUUAAAUGGCCUAAAGAACUAAAAGAAAUAAACCCAACGCUUAUUAAACAAAAUAAGGGUAAAGAUUUGUCGUCAGAGGAUAAGAAAAACUAUAGAUUAGGCAUGAAAUCAUUUUUUUCGUGGUUCAACUGGACUGGUACCAAACCAGGAAAAGAAUUCCGCAGCGGUGACGAAUUAACUAGAUUGAUAAUCGAUGACUUGUUUCCCUAUGCCGUUAAAUACUACACCGAGGCCUUGCCAGGUGAUGGCUUGGAUGAUGAAGACAGCUCUGAGGGUGAAGAAUUAGAUAUAAGCGAGGAAGACGAUGAUGAAGGAGAAACUUCCCAACAAGACGCCACGAACAGUAAGAAGCGAACUGCAAAAGUUGAUGAUCAACCAUCGAAAAAGAAAAAAUAG